ACCACCCUCGCUACGAAGCUAUUCAACAAUUCAGCGUUAUUUUGAGAUUUAUCGGUAUGAAGCACUAAGACGUUUCUCGACGAUUACAUCUAAAAUAGAUAUCCAGGACUAUGCCAGAUGCUCAUACCACCUUCAUCACGAUCUUCAAGCGUUUGCAUCGAAACCAUUGCUUAAGGCCAAGAAAAAGAUCGGCGGCGGUGCGUUCUCACCUACUAUCUAUCGAAACCAAACCAGGCGUCGGGGCACAGAGACAAGUUCAAAGAGCUUUGCCGAAGCAGAAGGACAGCCUUGCACAAGUGCAACGGGGCCGGCAUGUUUAAGUGACUUUCGCCUACUUAAAGAAAGCAUCCCUGCUCAGCUUUAUUCUUCAACGCAUCCCUGUGUAAAUGCUCAAGAAAAGCAUCCCUACUUGGAAUUUUACUUUCGAACUUCCAAUGCGGGGUAUAAAUGCGCUACGCGCAUUUCCAACGUUCCUUCUUUUCAACAUCUACCAGACUUCAGGCGACAUCGAUCAAGCAUACCAUCAAAUAUCAACGUGGGAGCAUCGAAUUACCAAUCCAACCGUUCGUAUAUCGAACACCCAGUUUCCAACAUCAUAACAUCCGAGUAUCCAAGAUCGUGGGAACGCUGACGACAUAUUAUCAUUUGCCCAUCCUAUCAUCUAAUUGCUAAGUAUCAACUUAAUCUGCUCCUAAAUUCAUUUUGUAAACUUGCAUAUCAAAUCACUCAUUCAUUCUUUAUAUUCAUUCCUAUUCAAUUUAUGUAUGGCAAAUCUCUUUUAAUCUUACAUUAAACUAUGAUUAAAUUGUAA